GUUGUGCGAAAGAAUCUUGGUUAUUUUCUGACAUAAACUUAAUUUUCUUUCUCUAGAAUAUUGCAGUCCUUAUUUGAACUGUCCUGCAGGAUUCGCAGAUCGCCAAGUCGGUGUCAUUGCUUCUGAAAAUAUGAGUUUGUCAGACAGCUUCAAUCUCGGAAAAUCACUUGGCCAUGAGCUAGUCACAAUCGUUGUGGGAAAAGAGAAGCGCAAGUUCGCCGUGCACAAGCAGCUUAUAUGCGAGUCCGUGGCAUACUUUCGUGGUGCAUUCUCAGCAGGAGGAUUCAAAGAAAGCCAGGAGUGCAGUAUGAAUAUGCCGGAGGAUGAGCCUGGAGUUUUCGAAUACUUCAUGCAUUGGUUAUAUCGCGGAACAGUACCUGAAGCAAAAGCUCUUGAGGACUUCGACCAGUUACUCGGUGUUUAUAUUUUCGCGGAAAAGCUGUGUGUCAAUGAUCUUGCGAACAAAGCUAUCGAUGCAAUUCAAGCUAUAACAAAAUCUGGUAAAUUUCAUCAGGUCCCCGACUGCAAAGUGCAUGCCGACAAUAUCUGGAAAAACACAUCUCCCACAUCUCCACUACGCAAAUGGUGUAUUCAUGAGCUUGUCUACAAUUCGUGGGACAUUGAGGCUUCUUUAGAAAAGAAAAAGAAGAAGGCCUUUCUGUUGGAUAUGGCAGAAUUGAUCACUCUGUGGGAGCUCUUCAAAGACCACCGGGAUCUUUAUGUGAGUUUCUUUGCACAAGUACAGAAGCAUUCAGCAGAUGAUCUUCCAGAUUGUCCGUUUCAGGAGGAGAAUUGGGAUGAUUGUUAUUUCCAUCGACAUUCGGAAGGAGAAGUGUGCCAUUUGAAAACAGCGGAGAUUAGAAAAAAAGAUGAGGAUUCUGAGGACGAGGUCGAGGGUUAAGCUUCUUUAAUAUGUUGGCAGCUAUCAGAUAAAAUACGAUGCUCGCAACUGGCAGACUGCGAGAGUUUUAGAGACAUAUGGCUUGCCCAUGCACACUGUCAGUUACGUGAGCUCUUACUACUAUUCUCUAAGGGUCUACGGUGAUAUGAAAAGUUAUUAUGAGCUCAGAUUGACACGAUGGGUUUAUUUGGCUGGCUAGAUUGUGAAGCAGAAAACAGGAUUCUUGAUGGGCUGCAUGAAACCGGAAGUCUUAUUCUUUUGCAGCUAUGGCUUCUAGUCAUGGAUGAUAAUCUAGAAUUACAUGUAUAUCUCACA